AUGUCCGCAAAAUCGAAGAAAAUUGUCGUCGUUGGAGACUCGAUUUGCGGAAAAAACGCUUUAAUCAUCACCUUUAUGACGAAUGAAUUCCCAAAAACUUGGGUUCCGACAGUCAUCGAAAACUAUUCAAAAACGAUUACCAUUGAUGAGAAACAGAUUGAGCUUAAUAUCGUAGCAACAAACGGAAUUGAAGAUUAUGAUCCGAUGAAAAAUGAGGGAGUUGGGGAAGUUUUUGAGACGCUUGCAAGGGCUUCUUUGCCAAAAAAGAAAAAGAAGAACAAGUGCCGGAUAAUU